AUGUUCAUUUUGUUUAGGUACUUGUGUUCAGUCAACUACGAUUACUUCAACUAUUUUGGUGAUCGUGACCACAACAUUGUAGCAGAACACCGACGGCGGGUCAAUCACCAAGUUCAUGAACGAUUCAGGAUUAGGGAUAAUAAUGACCCUCUCAAUAUGAGUGUUCCUAUGUUUGAGCAAUUAUAUCGCAUGCCUCAACAUGCUGUGGUCGACUUAUGCAACAUCCUAAGGCCUUUUGUGCCUCAGCGCUCAAGUCCUCAACAGAUUCCACUGUUUCGAAAGGUUUUGAUUACACUUUCUUUCUUGGCGACUGGCUCUUACCAAAGAAUGCUGGGUCGAUCUAUCGAUAGCGCAGUGAGUCAGACGACAGGAGUCAGUAGAUGUCUAAGAGAGAUAGUGACUGCUUUAAACCACGAACAAAUACUCAAUAGGUUCAUCAGGUUCCCUCUCACUAGAGAAGAAAGAGCUCCUAUAAUUCAGAGAAAUGAGCAACUUGGUUUGCCACGAGUUCUUGGGCUUAUUGAUGGCUUUCUUCUCAGAUUAUCGUAUCUGCCACAUAAUCUAGAGAGGCGAUCAUUUUACUCUAGGAAAGGGUUUCUCGCUCUCAAUGCCCAAUUAGUAAGUCCUUUUCUUGCUAUCAUUCACAAACUUUUGAAAUGGUUUGAGUAA